AUGAAAGAGUUCCAAUAUUUGAAGGAUCAGGCUCAAAGAAAAAUGGAGCAAAAAUUAGCAGAGCUUGGCAUUAACAAACCUGCAGAAAGUCCUUCACAGCAGAGUUUGAGUCCCCUUUCCCAAAUGGAGGCCCAAGCAACCCCAGUGAAAUCUCCAUUCCAAGAAACUCAACAUGCUGAUGAACGAAGCGAAGAUAGUGAAGAUGAAGAAGAGAAGAGGUUGCGGGAAGAGUUAGAGAGAAUAAAGUUGAAGAAGAAGGCUGAUAAAGAAAAAAGAUUAGCUGAAUUACGUAGGCAAGUCCAAGAUGCUCAAGCUGAAUCUGAUGAUGGAUUCAGUUCUUCGGUUUCUGGUAGUAAUAAUGGCAACGUUCUAGCACCACAAGUUGAGGGAACAGUCGGUCAUGUCGAAUACCCAGCAGUGCCUUCAGCUGCCAAUCCAGUCUCCUCCGUUUCCGCAUCUAUGUCAGGAAGCUCUACGCCUGUUCAAGGGACAUCGGCAGCUGCAAGAAACCCAUUUUUCAAGUCUACGGAUAGUUCCAACAGUACUUCAGGUUUAUCUGAUUUAAAGGCAGCAGAGGCUCAGAGGCGUUCUCAAAGGGGUUUGGAUGAUGAUGCCGAUGCCUGGUCAGAUGAUGAACCUUCUCCAGUUGCUCCAGCUCCGGUUGCUCCAGCUCCGGUUGCUCCAGCUCCGGUUGCUCCAGCUCCAGCUCCAGUUCCAGUUGCUCCAUCUCCAGCAGCUCCUCAGCCAUCUAAUCUACCACCAGUUCCUAUUGCCCCUCCAUUACCACAAGUUCAAGGUGUUCCUCAGCCAGUUGUUCCACUGGCACCACCAUUGCCUCAGGUAAAACAAGAAGAACAAGGAAACUUUUUAGCGCCACCACCAUCACUUCCUCAUAUGGACAAUAUCCAAAACUCGCAGAAUUUGGAUAGCCAUUCAGAUCAAGAUGAUGUGUUAUCAAUUCCGGAUUCUGUUGCUUCUGAGGAUGAAUUAGGUGAUGAGCCUGGUCUCCCACCAUCUGGGAUCCCACCACCUCCUCCUUUACCUUGA